CCUCAAGGCUCGCGAAAUCAAGAAUGACGCUUGAAAAAAACUCUAGUUUUGACUGGCAUCGAACCUUAGCAAUAUAGCAAGCGGACAAUAUACAAGGAUUUUAGUUCAUCAUCAAGGUAUGUUGACUAUUAGUUUAUAUUACAGUAUUUGUAUCUUAUCGCUGUAACUUCGUUUAGCGAAACAAUGUAUCACACAUGUAAUGUCAUCACGUGAUCAUCUUUAACGUCCUGUGAUGUGAUGCAUUGUAACUUGAAUUGUACCAAAUGCAUUCUACCAAAUAGAAUUAGCAUUACAUGUAUUGUCGAAUUAAUACAUUAAAAAUGUGUUUACCAAAGCAAGUAGAACACUUACAUUUCGAUUAUAGACUAUAUACUGAAAUAACAUGACAUUGAUGACAAUACUUAUCUAUUUAUUGUAGCCACAUAUUUCCUGCUGUUCAAAGGUCAUGUAUACGGUUUUUAAGGUAAUCAAAUACCCAUUUGAUUCUUAUAAAAUGCAAUUCAAAAUGCUUUAUGACCUUAGUACAGCUGUCUAAUCAUAUAGCUCAAGUUCUAUGGUUGUAUUAGUCAAUGUUUGUUGUCAUUUGAGUGUUUGUAAACGAUUUAUAACUUAUAUGUUUUAAACUAUCAUGGCAAUCUCAGACUGUCAAUCCUUGCAUCCAUAGCUCUGUCUAUGAAUUUUAGAGCGGUUACAUUUCCCCAGACCCAUCCCUCAGUUUACCCCCCUAUAUGCAGCUUUCAGUGUCAUUGUUGAAUUAUUGUAAAUGUGGGUGUAAACCCUUAACCUUUGUUCCCCAGAAUGUCGCAACGAAUUAACGAUGUUGUGCGGCUGUGUUGCGAGUUAUCUGCAAACCAGCAGAUAAAGACCACAGUGAAGGGAUCUUCCAAAGGGGCGGUGGCAGCAGGGGGACUAGCCUUUGCAGGAGGACUGGUUGGAGGCCCCCUUGGCAUCGCUGUGGGUGAGUGAGGAUUAUAAAAAUCACAAGAGUUGUCUUCCAUCUAAAUGAGAAUUCUUACACAACUUGUCCUCUCAUAUAGUAGCCUACUGAUAAUGUUGUGUGGAGGGGUGAGAUCACACGUACGAAGUCCAUUCACAGAAAAAUAAAUCAAAAAUAGAAAACCAUGAUGGCUCAUGGUCUGUAAAACAUUUAAAACAGUGUUAACAAGGUUUCCAAAGAAACAGGUGCUUCAUUUCAGACAUACAUCCUUACCUCUUCCUCAUCAUCUCUGUCAGGGGGUGCCGUCGGUGGCCUACUGGGAUGCUGGAUGACCAGUGGACAGUUCAAGCCGCUGCCUCAGAUCAUCAUGGAACUGACCCCGGUGCAGCAGCAGAAGCUCUACGAUGACAUCAUGGCCAUCAUGGACGAGGUCCAGUGGACCGACAUGGCCCAGCUGACUGCCCUGGUCAUGGGUAACGCCACCCUACAGCAGCAGGUGACCGCUGCCCUCCUGGGCUAUGUGACCAAAGAGCUCCAGGCAGAGGUGCACUAUGUAGACUGACAAGGCCUCUGUCAGAGAGCACAUCUCUUUAGGGUUUUCAAAGGAAAAUGGAAACGAUGCUGGUAUGACAUUUUGCACAAUCUCAAAGGACGAUUUAAAAAUGAAUGACAAGAGACUAUUUAUUAAAAGUGGGGCUGUACACUCAAAGAUGAAAACCUCCAUGGUCUGUGAGAAGGGAAGGAGCCACUGAUUGAAGGAACACAAAUGCAUGAAAUUAGUUACUGUGACUAAUUAUUUCAAAGGUUUGUGUGACUAUGUAUUGACUACCUGAAUUAAGAAUUGUGUGAAAAGAAAUAACCUAUAAUCCUUUCAAUUCUGUACUCCUGGAUGUCACUCAUAUACAUCUGUGAAAGCUGGCACUUAUCAAGUAAGUAGUUUCUUAUAGACUGGUGUGCUCUGCAAGUUUAACCAGUGAGAAUAUAGGAGCCUAAAUUAGACCGCCUAACACUUCUUCAGGGUUUGGUCUAUCAUACUUAGACCAGUCUUUUUAUGCAUUCGGUGCCAAAAAUCAAGAUGAUGUAUUUAACUUAUUUAAAAUGUUGGCAAAAUGACAUUCACAUGCUGAUACAUUGGCCUAUCGGAAUUUAUACCCAUCUUACCUGUGUUGAUGAUUGUAAUAUUAUCACUGAUUCUAGAGUAGGGGUGGGAAACAUACGGAUCCGACCCGGGGG